AUGGCGGGUUACCUGUGUCUCUCCGCGCUCCUCCUGGCGGCUCUGCCGACCCCCUACGCCAGCCCGCUCUCCUCCGGCUCCGCCCUGCGCUUCAUCGCCCUGGGGGACUGGGGCGGGGUGUCCAAUCCCCCCUUCCACACGGUGCGCGAGGUGGCCACAGCCAAGGAGAUGGGCCGCACGGUGGCAGCGCUGGGCGCCGACUUCAUCCUGUCCCUCGGCGACAACUUCUACUACAACGGGGUGCGGGACGUCAACGACAAGAGGUUCCAGGACACCUUUGAGGCCGUGUUCAAGGCGCAGUCGCUGCGCAAGGUGCCGUGGUACGUGCUGGCCGGGAACCACGAUCACUCUGGGAACGUCUCGGCUCAGAUCGCCUACAGCAAGGUCUCCAAGCGCUGGUAA